GCAACAUUUGAGGAUCUAAAUGAAGCCAGAGGAGGCACGGGCAACAUCAAACACAGGGCCUCGCGCCAACCCUAAGGAGUUUUGAUCUUUAAAGAAAUAGCCAGCAGCCUUACAGGGUUUCAAGCAGCGAAUGCCACGAUUGGAUUUACCUGCCCCUUGGCUACAGAGCAGCCCUCCUUACAGCCUGGAAAAAAUGACAGAUCUCGUAGCUGUUUGGGAUGUUGCUUUAAGUGAUGGAGUCCAUAAGAUUGAAUUCGAACAUGGGACCACAUCAGGCAAACGAGUGGUAUAUGUAGAUGGGAAGGAAGAGAUAAGAAAAGAAUGGAUGUUCAAAUUAGUGGGCAAAGAAACCUUCUGUGUUGGAGCUGCAAAGAUGAAAGCAACCAUAAAUAUAGAUGCUGUCAGUGGUUUUGCUUAUGAAUAUACUCUGGAAAUUAAUGGGAAAAGUCUCAAGAAGUAUAUGGAGAACAGAUCAAAAACCACCAAUACUUGGGUAUUACAUUUGGAUGGUGAGGACUUUAGAGUUGUGCUGGAAAAAGACACUAUGGAUGUAUGGUGCAAUGGUAAAAAAAUGGAGACAGCAGUAAGUUGACCUUUCGAUUACUCUCACCAUGUGCGUGAGCGACCAUUGAAACGUUGCUGUGUUUCCUAACUAUGGAGAUUUUAUAAGUAACGAAGGUCCUCUUGGUUAAAAACAAAAAAGAGAUGAAGUAAUCCUGACUCCAAAAUCUGAAGACCUUUCCUGGGCAGUGCCUGGGGCGGUGAGAGUUUGGUAACAACUUAUGUCUGGCACCAAGCUCAUACUCUACCUUUCCUCUCCUGGACCAGCCUCUACCCUGAAAAGAGUUCCCACAUUUACAAAAUCCUGCCCGGCGCGGUGCAGCGCAGCACAACCUGCCGCGCGUCGGCACCGGGGUCCGGUGCGGAGCCCUUCGUCCUGGGACACGGGCGCGGCUGGAAAGGUGGCCGCCCCCUCGCCCAUCACGCCCGUUUCGUGGGGACCCUGGUGCUAAACCAUUCGUAGACGAUCUGCUUCUGGGUCCGGGUUUCGUACCUAGCAGAGCAGCUCCCUUGCUGCAAACUUAUUGAAAGUCAGU